AAAGGCACGUACCAGGGCGAUUCACGGAUUUGAACAAAGUGCCGUGACAGGAGACCAUGUUGCGACGUGCGGGGGGUGGUGGUUGGUAGGGCAGCUAGAAAAAGCAACCAUCAUGUUCGCUUGGCCUUGUAGCACCGAACUCAAAUGUGUCUGUGUGUGCGGGUCCAGGUCGUCUGAAGUACAAGGAAACACGGCUGUGGACCGAGGCUUCGCGGAAGGCCGCAUGGAGUUACUAAUCUAGCUUUGAAAAAUGGCCGAAACCCAGACACUUAACUUUGGACCUGAAUGGCUUCGUGCCCUCUCUGGAGGUGGGGGCGGCAGCGGUGGUGGUGGUAGUAGUAGUGGUGGUGUGAGCAACAAUGCUGUUGCCUCUCCACCUCUCUCACCUGCAUUGCCAAAGUAUAAACUUGCAGACUAUCGCUACGGGAGAGAAGAAAUGUUAGCACUUUAUGUAAAGGAGAACAAGAUCCCUAUAGACCUACACGAUAAGGAGUUUCUGCCCAUAUUGCAAGAGGAACCCUUGCCACCUCUGGCCCUUGUUUCUUUUACGGAGGAAGAACAGAGAAAUUUUUCCAUGUCUGUAAACAGCGCCGCAGUACUUCGCAGUACGGGACGAGGAGUUGGACCGAUAACCGGAGCACCGAGAGGGCGAAGUACAUCAAGAGGUCGAGAUCUGUCUGUGCUUUCAGGGCGGGGAAGAGGGGAUGGAGGCUUUUACCAAAGAAGUUUUGAUGAUGUGGAAGGUUUUGGUCGUGGAGGGAGGGAGAUGCAUCGCUCUCAAAGCUGGGAAGAAAGGGGAGACAGGAGAUUUGAAAAGCCAGGUCGAAAAGAGCCAGCAGAUGCUGCUACAGGACAUUUUCCAAUUAAUCACAUCCGGAGUAACUACGAAGAGGUCGGGGCCGUACUGCCGAGGAAGCACGACUUCACGCGGUCAGAGAGUGAAAACUGGCGCUCGUCUCGCGAUGAUCAAAACGGUGAGGAUGAUGAUGGGGGCUGGCGCCUGGCGGGUUGUCGGUGGGACAGUGACCGGUGGGGCCCCCAGAGCCCAGACGGACCUCGGUCUGCAGGCUGGCGGGAUCAUCCAGAUCAACGUCGGCGGUUCCCGUUUGAUGCGAGGGAGGACGAGCGCGGUUACAGAAGGCCGCGAUCCGGCAGCAGCAGCAUGGAUGAUGAGAGGGACAGUUUACCGGAGUGGUGUCUAGAGGAUGCAGAGGAAGAGGCCGGCACCUUUGACUCCUCAGGGGCCUUUCUUUCUCUCAAGAAAGCUCCAAAGGAGCCCAUCCCAGAGGAGGCAGAGCUGGAGUUUAAGCCCUUAGAAGAGUGUGAGGAGAGUUUGGAGGAGGACAGUCCGCUCAGCGAGACCAAAGAGACAGAACAAGAGGCGAAAAUAGAAGCUGAGAGGAAAGAGUUGGCCAAAGCUUCAGAGGAGGCUCCGCCUGUCAUUCCACCUGUUCCUACGACAGUGGCAGAGUCCCACCCUCCUGCACAGUGUUUUCCCUCAAUCCACCCCAACAGAACGGAGGAGAUGGAGAGGCCAGCCGAGCAGCAGCAGCAGCAGCAGCCUCUAGCGAUACCCCCAGAGCCCUGCAAAGCUCCAUUAAGAGUCCCCAUCAUCAGUAGCAUGCUGGAGUCCCGUCCUAUGACUCAUGUUUCCACAAGCAUGUCAGAAGCUCCUGUUCCGUCGUCUGCCGCCAAACUCCCACAAAAGAAGUCUAUAGAAGUUCCUGUGACCAUCAACAAUCAUUUACCUUUCCCUUCAAACGUAAUAGCACCUAUUGCCAGGCCCACCUCUGUACCACAUGACACGGAUGAAGACGGACUAAAAAACUUUGAGCAGGAGGCAGAGAAGAUGGUUGCAUACUUGCAUGACAGCGGCGCGGAUGACGACCGGCUUGCAGCAAAGACAGCAGAGAAGCCCAAGCCUGCAGGCCUGCCUCUCACCCACGAAGCUGCUCUUAAAUGGCUUUACAAAGAUCCACAGGGGGAAAUACAGGGUCCGUUCAGCAAUCAAGAGAUGUCUGAAUGGUUUCAGGCUGGUUACUUCACCGUGUCUCUGUUGGUCAAAAGAGGUUGUGAUGAAGUGUUUCAGCCUCUGGGUGAAAUCAUGAAGAUUUGGGGAAGGGUACCAUUCACUCCAGGGCCCUCCCCUCCACCAUUACAAUCAGAUGGUGACCAAGAAAGGUUAAAGAGGCAGCAGGAGCUCACUGCUCUCAACCUUUAUCAGUUACAGCAGCUACAGUAUCAGUACCUCCUCAGGCAGCAGUACGCCCAGGCUCUGGCCCAGCAGAAAGCUGCAGUUUUAAGCUCCGCUCCUCUUCAGCAGCAACAGCAGCACCAACAGCAGAUCAAUCUGCUCCUACAGCAAUACCAGGCUCUGAAGAUAAGGGCCUCUGAGAACUUUCUACCUCCUGUUACCCGAUCCCCAUCUGUACCAGACUCUGGUUCUGUGUGGGAAAUGCAGAACCCUCCCUCUCAGGCUUCCUGCACAGCAAACCUCCAGCCAGCUCCUCCAAGCACAUGGGACGGCAGCAGUGUCUGGGAUCUACCGAUAGACUCCGUGGCGCAGGCUCCGACUAUUGAGCAGAUGCAACAGUUUGAGAAGACAAAGUCUGCUAAGCAGCUGGAGCUCGAGAGACGCGAAGCUGAAAUGAGAGCAAAACGGGAAGAAGGAGACAGGAAACGCUUGGAGGAGGCCCUCAGAGCUCGACAGGAGGAGGAGCACAAGCGUUUGGAGGAAGAGGAGCUGGCGCGGCAAAAACAGGAGGAGGCACUAAGACGGCAGCGAGAGCAGGAAGAGGCACAGCGCAGGCAAAAAGAGGAAGAGGAGAGACGGGCACAGGAGGAAGCGCUUCGAAGAUUAGAGGAAAAGCGAAAGGAAGAGGAAGAAAGAAAGAAAAGAGAAGAGCUGCUUCGCAAGCAGGAAGAGGAGCGCAGAAAACAGGAAGAGCUUGAGGCCUUACGGAGGCGUGAGGAGGAGAAGCGGGCGGAGGAGGAGGCAGCCGUCGCAGCUUUAGCACAGCAACAGGAGGAGCAGAGAAGAAGGGAGCAGGAGCUGCAGAGACAACAAGAGCUGCAAAGACAACAGGAGCUGCAGAGACAGAGGCAGCAGCAGCAGGAGGCCCUCAGGAGGCUGCAGCAGCAGCAGCAGCUGGCACAGAUGAAACUCCCGUCUUCCUCAAAGUGGGGGCAGCAGUCAGCCAGCACCAUCAAUCAGGCCCACAAUGCUCUGUCUCUGGCUGAGAUACAGAAGCUGGAGGAGGAGAGGGAAAGGCAGGCGCGGGAGGAGCAGCGGCAGCAGCAGCAGGAGCUCCUGAAGCUGCAGCAGCAGCAGGCCCUGCAGCAGGCCCAGCAGACCCAGGCCAAAAUGUCCAGCUGGGGAAAUGCUGCCAAACAGCCCGUCAUCACAAAGUCUCUGCUGGAGAUUCAGAGGGAGGAGGCCCAGCAGAUGAAGCAGAGGAAGGAGCAGCACCAACACCAACAGCACCCCGUCUCCACCCAGCAAACCCGACCACAAAACAGAGCUGUGUCACUGAGUAACUCGGUGUGGGGGUCUGUCAAUCCCAGCACCAACUGGGGCUCCGACUCCAGCAGCAUCUGGGGGGACACCCACAAUUCAAACAUGGGUUUCUGGGACGAGGCUGUGAAGGAGGCCGUCCCGCCUCCCCAGCAACCACUACAGACCAAAAAAGCCAAUUCUCAGAAAAACAACAAGGGCAACGCCAACAUCAGCAACUCUUUGAGUGGUCGGGCCAGCAAGAAGGUGGAUGAGGAAGAAAAGCUGGUCAAGUUGUUUCAAGGGGUCAAUAAGAGCCAGCAGGACACAUUCAUGCAGUGGUGUGAGCAGACUCUGCAUACUCUCAACACGGCGAACAAUCUGGAUGUUCCCACGUUUGCAUCCUUCUUGAAGGAAGUGGAAUCUCCAUAUGAGGUGCAUGACUAUGUCAGGGCCUACCUUGGAGACACCUUCGAGGCCAAGGACUUUGCCAAGCAGUUCCUGGAGCGCCGUGCCAAACAGAACACUAACCAACAGAAACCGGCACAGAACCAACAGCAGGCCCUCAAGCAGCAGCAGGAUUCUGUGUGGGGAGGAACAUCAUCACUGUUCCAGUCUAACCACACGGCUGACCAGCAGCAGCGCUUCGAGACCGUUACCUCAGGGAAGAAGAAGAAGAAACAGAAGAUGGUCCGAGCAGAUCCCAGCAUUUUAGGUUUUUCUGUGAACGCAUCAUCCGAGAGGUUGAACAUGGGAGAAAUUGAGACUUUAGAGGACUUUUAAGGGACUGCAGCCAAAUAACAAUUCCACUGACUGUAUCCAGUUUGAACAGCAGCUGUUUUACCCAAACCCUCCCUCCCACUUUCCCACAUUUCCCUCUUCAGGUCUCCAUCAAUCACUGUCAAAGUUUGGCCGACCCUGUGGCCUUCCUAACUCUAGGAGAAGGCAGUAGGUGAAGGAGACAUCCAACCAGCUAAAUGAGCCAAAAACUCUUAAUCUUUCUGGAGAGUCUUAGUAGAUUUGACAGAGUAUUAUCUAAAAUUGACCUCAAGUGUCAUUUUUAAAUCUGGAUAUAUUAGGACAACAUGGUAAAAGCUAGAGAUUAUAUCCAAUAUUUAGUUUUAUUUAUUGAAAAUCCUUUUCCCACUUUGAAGUCCCACCCCUUCCUUUCUUCUUCAGCUGUUUGUUCAUGGAUAAUCGAGGCAACAACAGAAAAAAAAAGCCCAAGGAGUCAUGCCCACGUAUGUCCUGUUUUAAGGACAUGUUCAAGAGUUCCAACUAGUUAUCUAUUUCUUGUAAAAUACUAGGCUGUUUAAAGACUAAACUUUCAAUUCUGCAUCUGUAUUAUAAUAUAUGAAAAUGAUCUGCUGGAGUCAUACUUUUUUAUUGCAGUAUGGAAUAAUAAUAAUAAUAAUAAAACAGUCUUCUGUGUGGGCUGUUCACAUCUGUACCUGGAAACUGCAUGAGUGUUAAAUGCACUGGAACAUGUGUGGUCGCCGCCUCGCUCAGGGUAACACUAGUUUCUGCAAGGUGCUACAUACAUGUUCCCACAUUUGACCACCUUUUUGAGUGUUUUUACACUGUCUAAUAAAAAAGAUGGAUAUAUUUUUGGGCCAAA